AUGUUGCAAAUCGCAGCUGCUUUGCAAUUGGAACUGCGCUUGUGGGUGUAUUUGUUCAGCGGAAGGAUAAAUGCAUUUAUCUCCGGUAUCGCCAGCGGUAUUAGUAACCUAAGGCUAAGCGCAACGGACAGCUCAUUUCUACUUGCCAACGCACAGAUUGUGGAUUUUCCGAUUGUCUAUUGCAAUGAGUCCUUUUGCAAAAUUAGUGGCUACAAUCGCGCGGAAGUCAUGCAAAAGUCGUGCAGAUGCGGCUUCAUGUAUGGCGAGCUGACAGACAAGGAAACGGUCGCGCGACUGGAAUACACAUUGGAGAAUCAGCAACAAGAUCAAUUCGAAAUUUUACUAUAUAAAAAGAACAAAACCCCACUAUGGCUGCUGUUACAGGUUGCGCCCAUACGCAACGAAAGGGAUUUGGUUGUGCUAUUUUUGCUAACAUUUCGGGACAUAACCGCACUGAAGCAGCCAAUCGACAGCGAGGACACAAAGGGUGGUAAGUAGACAAAAUUAGCAAGAGGAGGUAGAAAAUGUUUAGUUUAAUUUUUACUAACACUAAACUUUACUCUUAUAACUACUAAUAGCUGCAGCUCUAGAAUUCGCUAAGCUCAAUUUUUGAUAGCCGAA